AUGGCCUCGCUCGUCAUCCCUGGACAGCCACUCUCGGCCCAAGGGCCAAGCGCGCAGCUCGCACCCGGGCCGGGCACCUUCUCGCGCGGCGGCCAGGUCUACGCGGCUCUCGUCGGUCAGGUCUCGCGCGAGGGAGGCGUCCUCAGCGUCAAGGGCAAAGAGGAGACGCAGGCCAUCCCCGAGCCGAAUGCCACGGUCAUCGGUACGGUCACCCGCAUCACCCGCCAGGCGGCGACCCUCUCGCUCCUCACCGUCGACGGCCGCCCUUGCCGACCCGACUUUACCGGCAUCAUCCGCGCCCAGGACGUGCGCCAGACGGCCAAGGACUCGGUCAAGAUCUGGUCGUGCUACCGACCAGGCGACGUCGUUCGCGCCAAAGUUAUCUCGCUCGGCGACUCGCGAUCCUACUUCCUCUCGACCGCGGCCAACUCGCUCGGCGUCCUCUUUGCCGUGUCGUCGACGACGGGCGAGCCGCUCGAAGCCGUCUCGUGGGAGGAGAUGAGGGACGUGACGACGGACGAGCGGGAACCGCGAAAGGUGGCUGGGCCCGAGUGA